GCACGCUCCGUAUCCGUGGUAUAUCCAGUGCCUGAUGAAAACUCCCAGAGCAAUACAGUGUAAUACAGUAGUACUUCUGACGUAGAAUACUUAGUAGCUCCGCAAGGCAGAGUGUAGGAGGAUGGCGCGGAGCCUCUGUUCGCUAGUACUGGUGUUGUGGGCGGCCAGUGCGACCCUCCUACAGCUACAACUCCGCACGGCCAGCAGCGCGGCAGUCCCAAACGUUCUUAUGCUCAUCGUUGACGAUCUCCGUCCAGAGCUGGAACCGUACGGUUUCAACAGUAUAAGCUCACCAAACAUUAAGGACUUUGCCAAGACGGCAGCACAAUUCAACAGUGCGUACUGCCAGUAUUCGUUAUGCGCGCCUAGCCGCUCGUCCUUCCUCACUGGUCUACGUCCACAGACUACACAGGUCUUUGAUGCACAUAGGUACUUUCGCAACACGCCAGGCCUAAACAACACCGUGACCCUGCCGCAGUUCUUCAAGAACCAGGGCUAUCGUGUAGCUGGCGGUGGCAAGAUUUUUCAUCCAGGUUUAGCCUCAGGGGGUGAUAACGAUGGCGUCAGUUGGACAGAACCGUAUUACACAGCACCAGGCAAGCACAGAUUUGAGGCGAAAACCGUAUCAUGGCAGGCGCGCAGCGAGGCCGAAUCCGACUUUCCCGACUACAAGGUAGCCAGCAAUGCUAUCCAGCAGCUGCAGUCACUGAAGAAUGACAAGUUCUUCAUUGCCAUGGGCCUGCACAAGCCUCACCUGCCGUUCGUCUUCCCUCAGUCCUAUCUCAACUUGUACCCUGCCUCAGUGCCAUUGGCUUUUGACACAAGUCCUACAGUAGGACUACACAAUGUCGCCUGGAGUAACUAUGUGGAGUUGCGCGGUUACACGGAUAUCAAGAACCUAAACCUGAACAUCGGCCAGGGAGACUGGAUGCCUAACGCAACGGCGAUGGCGCUGAGGAGAGCGUACUGGGCUGCAACGUCCUUUAUUGACGCCCAGAUUGGUCGUGUGCUGGCUGAACUGAAAACGCUGGGUCUCGACAAGAACACAACCGUGGUGCUGAUGAGCGAUCACGGCUGGCAUCUAGGCGAUAUGGGAGAGUGGGCGAAGGGAACUACAUUCGAACCGGCCAAUCGCGCUGUUCUGAUGAUCCGUGAUCCAUCGCGGCCCACCUCCGCCGGCACCAAAAUCGACACCAGCGUCGAGUUGCUCGAUGUCUACCCCACACUUGCGGAUAUCGCUGACUACACCGCUCCAGCUGUGCUGCAGGGAAAGUCCCUUACGCCACUGCUCAACGGAGGAGGUGCUGCGCCGCCGUCCACGUGGAAAGACGCGAGUUUCUCGCAGAUCCUGAUCAGCACGAAUCGGUACGCGACCGACCCGGCAAUGGGCUACACAGUGAGGACGAGUGACUGGCGCUACACCGAGUGGGUCAGGUAUAACACUAGCACCGGCGUCACUGACUGGAAUUCCCUGGUGGCCCGCGAGCUGUUCGACCAUCGCCUUGACCAGAAGACCGCCUUUGGCUCCUCGGAGAGAGUCAACCUGGCUGAAGCUCAGCAGUUAGUCUCCACACGCAUGCAGCUCAGCACCGUGUUGAGGACGCAGACUGCUCUGGAGCUAUCCAGCAAGCCAACGUCGGUAUCAGCCCCGCUAACAAGCCAGCCGUCAUCGGGAAGCUCGGCGUCGUCCCGGAGCGGGACGUCUGCACCACGCGGCACCCCCUCGAGUGCUGACCGUGUUGCCACGCACUCUCUGCUUGUUCUCAGUCUUGCUGGCCUUCUGUGCCACUUGCUUUGAGACUGUUUCAGCCCAGCGUCCGGUGGUGACGCCUGAGGCGGCCACUUAGAUUUCUUCACUCGUGACUCAACCACAUUGCCGAGGGCACCCCGUGAUUCAACCAUGAACAACUUACCCGUGAACAUAUGUAACUAGAACGCGAAAGUUGAGAGUGUGUCAACAUGAUAACUGACGAUACAGUGGUGUAAUAUCUACAUGCUUUUGCUUUUUAUCCUGAGAUAGCGGCAUUUCCCCAAUAUAUGAACUCAACCAAAUUUGUAAUUGCAGUACUGAAGUACACGUUCAAUGUACCGGUAUAUUAUUAUUAUUAUUAUUAUUAUUUGUGCUCCCGCGUCAAUGGGCUCGCCCAAAUUCGCUUGCACCGAACCAUGCGAAAAAAGGCCGCCAGCAGGCAGGCAGGCAAAGAAAAAUAGAAAACGGUGUCACAUAAACUAAUACAAACAAGAAUAUCAUUAUUGAUGACAUUAAUAUACUGAAUGAAUGGCAAAGGCCAUGUGAAUACGGAUAAUACGGAUAAUCAGAGUACCAACAACAAAGAAUGUAGCUCAAACCAUUGCAGUGCCAACUUCCUUCACCAGUACUCUGCCUUGUACGCAUCUGUAACUGCGUUGCACAGAUAUGUCCAUUCACGGCGAUCCAGUGCUCGCUGAGUCAUCAGCUGCAAGUCCCUUGGAGUCCUCAGACGGCAGCCGACUCGCUCCGCGUCUUGACCGGUAUAUGCUGAAGUGAAUAUUUCCCCGCCAUUUUUAACUUAGUGGGUGAAUCAACUGUGCCCCCCCCCCCCCUCCACAUUAUGCUAGCAAGACUUUUUCUGACAUUUUGAUGGGACAUAAUUUUUUCAUGUAUAAUUACAUGUAUGUGAUGUACAAUACCCUCAAUGAGAACAUGUACUAUGUACAUGUCACUUAUUUACAGGCAACUAAUUUCUUUGCGAGUAACAGCAUUCGGCCAGUGUUCUUAUUCAGGAAAUCCCAUUUGAAUGCAGUACAAUAACAUGAAAUCAGAUUCACCCUCAGUGUGGACUC